CCACUGACAUGGCUAACAGAACAAACUCCUCUGAGUAUUUCUGGUCUUAUGAAUAUUACUGGGAUUACAUAGAUCCGAUUCCAGUAGAUGGAAGCAAGUUGAAGGUUAAUAAAUACUCCAUCGUCAUUGCCUUUUGGGUUGGCCUUGCUGCGUUCGUGACGUUUCUUUUCCUUAUUUUGCUGUGUAUGUCCUGCUCGGGAUCAACGCCAGCAAAGAAUUCAGCAGGGGUUUGGGUGAGCAACUCUCUGUCAAUUAGUGGAAUUCCUCUGGAAUGUACAAUUCCAUUCAUUACUUCUUCCACCUGUCAGUAUUGGGUUUGUCUGUCUACCAGCAGACCCACAGUUUGUUGGUAAAGAUGCCUCCUUCUCAUUCCUUUCAGCACGACUACGAACGGGAGCGCGGGGUCGGGCCGGAGCUCAUUAGGCAGUGACUGCACUCGCGCUAAUUAA